AUGGAUUUCAGAAUCAGCAAGGAUCAAUUUGAAAUGUUAAUUGGAUUAAGAUCUAGUGGUCUUCCCUUGGCACCAAAAAGUAAAAAAUGGAUGGACAAAGUUGAUCUAGCAGUUGUGUUACAAGAUGUGUUGACAAACAAAGGAAUAGAAAACAAUGGCAUAGAUCCAAACAAGUUUCACAAUAUUUUAUUCUCGGAGUACACACAUUUAAUUAUAAUUUUAACAUAUAUGGGUUGGAUUGGAAAACAAGAGGAGUUUGGCAUCUAG